ACUUUUAAUUCACAUUUUUAAAACCUGUAAAUGUUGCGUCAUACUUAAUUUUAUCUUUUUUCUUUAUAAUAAUUUUUUAUUUUUUUUAAGGAAUUUUUUUUAAGAAAAAAAAAAAAAAAUAAAAAUUAUUAUUUUAGGAAUAAUCGAUCAUCGUAUUAAUAAACUACAAUUAUCAUCUUUAACAAAAUAAUUUAAUUAGGAAUUAGGAACUGAAAGUUCUUUUUAAUACAUCAAAUAUGUUUCGACAUGUAAUGAAAGCUAUAGGAUCCCUCAGAAUUAGGACAUACGGAGCUAGUUAUCACAGUGGAAAUUAUAGAAAUACUAAGGAAAGAGGAUCUCUAUAUAGAAAUAAUAUUAAUAAUAGGAAUGGACGAUUUGAAAAUCGAGCAAAAAACAAUAUGCAUAAUACCAAUGGAAUUUUGAAAAAGCCAAAUUGGAAUUUUGAAAAUUUAAAACCUUUCAAAAAAGAUUUUUAUAUACCACAUCCUAAUGUUCAAGCACGUCACCCGCAAGAAAUAGAUAUGUUUAGACAAGAAAAUCAAAUUACUCUUAAAGGAGAAAAAAUUCCUAAUCCUAUUCAGCAUUUUGAAGAAGGAAAUUUUCCUGACCAUGUAAUGCAAUGUAUAAGAAAACAAGGAUUCAGUGAACCAACUGCUAUUCAAGCUCAAGGAUGGCCAAUUGCUAUGUCUGGACAUAAUAUGGUUGGAAUAGCACAAACUGGAUCUGGAAAAACAUUAGGAUAUAUUCUACCUGCAAUAGUACAUAUUAGCAGUCAACAACCAUUAAAUCAUGGAGAUGGACCAAUUGCUUUAAUUUUAGCACCAACUAGAGAAUUGGCACAGCAAAUUCAAAAGGUUACUUGUAGUUUUGGCUAUGUAAGAAGCACUUGUAUUUUUGGUGGUGCACCAAAAGGAAGCCAAGCUCGUGAUUUAGAACAAGGAGUUGAGAUUUGCAUUGCUACACCUGGACGAUUAAUUGAUUUUUUGGAACGUGGCACAACUAAUUUACGUAGAUGUACAUAUUUGGUAUUGGAUGAAGCAGAUAGAAUGUUAGAUAUGGGUUUUGAACCACAGAUUAGAAAAAUUAUUGAACAAAUCAGACCAGAUAGACAAGUAUUAAUGUGGUCUGCAACUUGGCCAAAAGAAGUUCGAAAUCUUGCAGAAGAAUAUCUUGUAGAUUAUACACAAUUGAAUAUUGGAUCAUUAACAUUAUCAGCUAACCAUAAUAUUCUUCAAAUUGUUGAUGUUUGCGAGGAAGAUGAAAAACAAACAAAAUUGCAAAACCUUCUUCAAGAAAUCAAUAAUGUUAGUCCAGAUGGUGGAAAGACAAUAAUUUUUGUAGAAACAAAAAAAAAAGUGGAGAGUAUCACUAAAACUAUCCGUCGUUAUGGCUGGCCAGCUGUAUGUAUACAUGGUGACAAAUCACAAUUAGAAAGAGAUUUCGUUCUUUCAGAAUUUAGGAGGAAUAAAGAUUCUAUUCUUGUAGCAACAGAUGUUGCUGCUCGUGGAUUGGAUGUUGACGAUGUAAAGUACGUGAUCAACUUUGAUUAUCCAAAUUCAUCUGAAGACUACAUUCAUAGAAUUGGUAGAACGGGCCGUUCAAAUAAUUCAGGAACGAGUUAUGCAUUCUUUACACCACAAAAUGGUCGACAGGCUAAAAGUUUGGUUAAUGUACUUAGAGAAGCAAAACAAAUUGUCAAUCCAAAACUAAUGGAACUUGCAGACAGAAAUGGAAAUGAUAUUUCACGAAAUCGUUGGGGUUAUGGAACUUAUCGUAAAAGAGAAAAUGUUUUUCCUAAAACACAUAAACGAUUUGAAGUGGUCUAGAUUAACUUUACAAACUUUCUAAACGUGUAACUUAUUGGAGAUGGAACUUGUUACAAUCUCUUUCUCUGUGAUUAGAAAAAAUUGUCCAUCAAGGCUCUAUUGCUUUAUAUUAGUUCCGUGCUCGUUAAUUUUUUUAUUUUUAUUUAUAAUCUUACUGUUCAUAGUAAGUAAUUAUUCUUAGUAUGAAAUUAGUAUAAAAUGAGCUAUGUGCAAGGAGAAACUCUUCGUUAAAUUUCCAUUAUAUAACAAUAUUUUGCAUUAAAUUUUUAUUUUUUCAUUUAUUAAAACACAAAAAGAAUGAAAAAUAUGUGAUAUGAAAUAUGCGUGAAAAUGUAAGUAUAAAGAAAUACAUGAAUACUUACAUGUUGAAUUGAUUGAUGAAUUUUCUAAAAUUAAUUCGAUCUAAAAAGAUUUUUUGUUUUAAAAAAAAUUGAUUGCUAAAGUUAGAUUUAAUUAUGUACUCAAUUUUUUUUAGUAGGGAAAAAAACUUAAUUUAUAAUUAUUUAGAUGUGUAGGAAUUGAAGUUCAGUAAGAUAAAUACACAAUGAAUGUAAUCAGUAUUCAUUCCACUUCUUCAAUGUGACCAAUUUUAUAUUUGGUUAUACAGCAAAACCAUUUAUUUUUAAUGUGUCCAUUAAUAAAAUUAUAAUAAAAAACUUAGAAUAUUAAUAUUAAAAAA